UAUUUAGCUGUCGUUGCGUUUUAAUUCGUAGUCAGUUUCAUUUUCUGUGCUUUUCUGUCAGCAGUUUUUGUAUAUUUAAUACCCAAAAUGGUUAAUAACUACGUAACCAAUGCUCCUUAUUACCAAGAGUCGCCGCAACGAAAAAUUGUACGAAGCGAUGCGCUUGUUACAGUUGUUGGAGCGUCCAGCAACGAUAACGUAACUGAUGCCAAUGAGCAUUUGCGCAAAAUUUUCGUUGGUGGCUUGCCCACACACACUUCGGUGGAGACAGUGCGAGAUUUUUUCAACAAAUUUGGAGAAGUUGCCGAUGCGGUCGUUAUGCGUGAUCCUGUAUCCAAUCGCUCACGUGGCUUUGGUUUCGUCACUUUUGUUGAUGCGGCGACUGUGGACAACGUACAGCGCUGUCGUCCUCAUAGCAUUGACAAUAAAACCGUCGAGACAAAGCGCGCUUUGCCACGCCACGAAGCGAAUAGAUCGGCCAGUAAUUCAGGCAACAUCAAGUCCUCGAAAGUAUUCCUAGGCGGACUUAAGGACUGUCAUGAUGAGAAUUCGCUACGCGAACACUUCUCACAGUUUGGAAAGAUUACAAACAUCAAACUGCUGGUGGACAACGAGACAGGACGUAAACGUGGUUUUGGAUUCUUAGAUUUCGAGGAUAUGGCUAGCGCUGAUCGCGCCUUGGUUCAAGGAAAGCACACGAUCAAUCUCUCUGCUGUAGAAGUAAAAAAAGCUGCGCAGAAACCAGAUCCAAGCAAGCGUGUGCGCAUGCCUGUCGGGGGUGCUGCUCGCGCCGGCUACGCACCGCCACAGCCGGCCAUCAUGGAAAAUUUUAGUUACAAUCCCACCUACAAUCCGUAUGUGGCACAUUCAGCUUUACCGCCGUCGGCUUUCAUUAAUGGGUGGGCCUCCUAUGUGACACCGACCGUGCCACCAGCACCCAUGUACUAUCCUACGCCUAAGGCCUGGAACCACUACAACAAAUUCGGGCCUCAGGAAUGUACCCGAAACAGCUACAAGACCUCGGAGUGGACAAAGUCUGGCUAUAAGCACUCACACGCACUAGCAAAUGAGCGCCCAAGGAAUGAGUACAAGUCGGUACAGGCUCAGCAGCAGCAACAGCAGCAAAGGUCAACAGCUGCCAAACCUGAGGAGGUUAAGGCAGAAGGUGCUGCAAUUUCUCCAGCUGUAACAGCUGGAGGCGGGGAUGCUGAUAGAAAGUGGCAAACUGGGGACUAUAAGGUGUUCAAGCCUUCUGGCACGUACAAUGCUGCAAACGCAAAGCAGAUAGGCCAUGUCCAAAGUAAUCGUGUGAACUCCUUGAACCAGGAUAUUGUCGCUCCUGCUUAUGGCAUCUAAGCGGCACUUAUUUUUUUCUGGGACCACACAAACGGCUGAUAAUGGAAAAUGCAAGAAUUACACUUAUUCAUUUUUUUUACACAUAUUUACUAUCUGUGUUACCAAAGCUGGUACAGCUUACAAAUCCGAAUUUAUAUUUAUUUUGAAAACGAAGCUUUUAUGACCCAACGACGAUGUUGAAAAUAAAAUGCCUACAUUUAAAAA